AUGUUUUGUUGGAUGUUGGUGGAAGGCAUUCAUCUCUACGUAGUCCUGGUUCGAGUCUUCAAAGGAGGGUUUCAUUUUCGGAAAUACCUUUUAGUUGGUUGGGGCACACCACUUAUUGUAGUUGGAAUAUCUCUAGGAGCGUUCCACGAUAAAUACGGUGUCGGAAAUGUGUGUUGGCUGAGCCAUGAGGUUUUGCUGGUCGGUUUUGUCCCUGCUGUUGCUGUCGUCAUUAUGGU